AUGCUAGUGCACAGCUACCCCGGCAUGGACCGCGCCGAGGGGCUGCCCGGGGCGCCGGCCGGGGCCCGCCUGCCGCAGCUACCCGCGCUCAACCAGGCGCCCUACGGCUCGGCGCCGCCGCUCUGCCACACGCCCGCCGCCGACUUCCAGCCGCCCUACUUCCCCCCGCCGUACCCGCAGCCGCCGCUGCCCUACCCGCAGGGCCAGGAGCCCGGCUACCCGCACUUGGGAGACCCGUACGCGGCGCUCAGCCCGCUCCACCAGCACCAGCAGCCCGCCUGGCCCCCGCAGCGCGGCCGGCAGGACGACGCGGGGCUGCUCUCGCAGACCCAUCGCGCCCUGGGGCUCGACCCCCGCCGCGAGUACCCCGCCGUGCCCCGUCUGCUCCACGGGCUGCCCGACGCCGGCCACGGCCUCGCCGACGGCCCGCUGGGCCUCCACGGCCUCGGCCACCACGGCAUCGAGGACAUCCAGGCCGUGGACGACGGUGGGAUGAACCUGCUCGAUCAGUCCGUGAUCAAGAAAGUGCCCAUCCCCUCAAAGGCCAAUGGCACCACCAUUUCCACCCUGGCGAUGAACAAAGAUGGUCUGAUUGGAGGGGUGACGAAUCCCAACGAGGUUUUCUGCUCUGUGCCUGGCCGCCUCUCGCUUCUCAGCUCCACCUCCAAGUACAAGGUGACGGUUGGGGAGGUGCAGAGACGGCUCUCGCCCCCCGAGUGUCUCAACGCCUCUCUCCUCGGAGGAGUCCUCCGCAGGGCAAAAUCCAAAAAUGGGGGUCGGUGUUUAAGGGAAAGGUUAGAGAAAAUUGGACUAAAUCUACCUGCAGGAAGGCGCAAAGCUGCCAACGUCACCCUGCUGACCUCCCUCGUGGAAGGUGAAGCCAUUCACCUGGCUCGAGACUUUGGGUACGUGUGUGAAACAGAGUUCCCAGCCAAGGCAGCGGCAGAGUACCUGUGCCGACAGCACUCGGACCCCACAGAGCUCCACACCAGGAAAAACAUGCUGCUGGCUACCAAGCAAAUCUGUAAAGAGUUUGCAGACUUGAUAGCCCAGGAUCGCUCGCCACUGGGGAACAGCCGCCCCUCACUCAUCUUGGAGCCCGGUGUCCAGAGCUGUUUGACUCAUUUCAGCCUGAUAACCCACGGCUUUGGGGGCCCAGCCAUCUGUGCAGCACUCACAGCCUUCCAGAACUACCUGGUGGAGUCCCUGAAGGGGCUGGAUAAAAUGUUCAUGAACAGCACAGGGAACGGGCACACGGCUGGAGAGUCCAAAGCAUCAGAGAAAGAAGUGAAGCAUCGGAAAUAG